ACCGCAAGGAAGAAGACGAGGAAGAACAGAAAACCAGGAACGUCAAAUCCAGUCCACAGUUUACAGCGUACUCGGCGUUUCUCAAGUUUCACUUCGGCGCGUGCUCUGCCCAGUCUGCUUUGUGUUGUCAGGCAGAAAGAAAGACACACCAGUCAGGGUGGCGUGUGUCCUGAUAAGGCAGGCACCCCAUCGGCGACCAGAAUAAAACAAUAGCGGGUCAUUUUGCUGUCUGCCCUGAAGUAGUUUGGUAUCAAGUUUUGCUACAAUGUCGGUGGGAGUGGAGUCUGGAUUCUCGAGCGAAGAGGUCUUAAACAGCCGCUUCCCUCUCCAUCGGGCAUGCAGGGAUGGAGAUGUCGGUGCCUUGUGCUCCCUCCUUCAGUGCGCCUCAAACCCGGCUGACCUCACCGUGGAGGACACCUUCUACGGCUGGACGCCCAUACACUGGGGCGCUCAUUUCGGAAAGUUGGAGUGUGUGAUGCGCCUGGUUCAGGUGGGCUGUGGGGUGAAUGCAGUGACCUCCAGGUUUGCACAGACGCCCACUCACAUCGCUGCAUUUGGGGGUCACCCUGAGUGCUUGUUAUGGCUACUCCAAGCUGGUGCAGAUAUUAACAGACAGGACUAUGUGGGUGAGACGCCCAUCCACAAGGCUGCUCGUGCGGGCAGCCUGGAGUGUAUCAACGCUCUCUUGAUUCAGGGAGCGAAAGCUGAUAUGAGGAAUGCCAGUGGGCUGACUGCUGCUGACCUGGCCCACGCGCAGGGAUUCCAGGAGUGCGCUGAGAUUCUCUCCAAUGCCCAGAACUUCCAACAAAACAUGGCUCAGUCCCAUAACGGGGCUUUUCUGAAUGGCAUGAGCCAGAAUGGGGGCCACGCUCACCCCAGUAUCCAGGGGCGCAGCUUCUCGAACGGCGUGCCCAACAGAAAGAGGUCGUUUGAUGGCAUGGAAGCGAACCCAGUGAAGAAGGCUAGACCUAACGGUCUGAGCAUGCCACCAGAGUUGCUGAAUGGGAAUGGGCCACUGGGUGGUGCUGGAGAGGCCCAGAUGGAAAGCAUGAGCAUGGAGUUGGCAGCGACUGUAACCUCAGUGGCAGGUGAGAGAAACUGUGAGGAUUUUUCCUCAAAUGGUCACAGUCAACCACAGCUUCCAUUUGGGUGUGACCCAGUAGCAGAAACUCUCCAUGGCCAACUCCUCUACAGUGACUCCCCUGAGAACAACAGCACAACAGUGGAACACCAGAAGUCUGUGAAAGCAGCACAGUUGUAUGACCAUGCCCUCUUCAGUACCAUGCUUCUUUAUCAUGGGUCCUAAAGUACAAAAGAUCUAGCCGACAGGCCGUCCUUUUUUGCCUAAAUGUCAUAUAAGCCUAAACAAGCAUUUAUUUGCCUUAAAGUCAGUGAUUGGUCCAGUUAUUCAUUGACAUUAUUAUUCAUUUUCUGAAAGGGCCGGCCCAUUGUUAUGGAUGAAGUUAAAUUUGUAACUGAUAAAGUGGAUUACGAAGUGUUUGCUUGUGUUGUUAAAAAAGUGUUUUUGUUUGGCUUAUUUAAGUUUGAUUAAGCUUUGUUAUGCAGUAAUGUAAGCACCUGUAUUGAACCACUGCCAAUACUUGCACAUAAAUGCAUUUAUUUUCUGUUUCAAAUAGAAGUGGGGUGAUCCCUCACUCUUGAUGUUAAUAAAAACAAUACAAGUACAUCCCAUUUUACUCAUUAAUAAUAAUAAAAAAAAUAGUAAAAGUUU